AACCGUGUCACUUUAUCUCUGGGUCCGCCCGUGUUUCCUAUAAAAACCCGAGCCGCCUCCAGGAACUCCGCUCAGUCCGCAGAGACCCUCCCGUUCAACAUGAAGUCUCUCCACCUUGUGGCGCUCCUCGGAUGUCUCGCUGCCGUGUACGCGGCCCCGACCGAGAAGGUGAGAUGGUGCGUGAAGUCGGAUCAAGAAUAUCGGAAAUGUUCGGAUCUCGCAGCCGCAGCUCCCACCUUCACCUGCGUUAAGAAAUACAACACCCUCGAGUGCAUCGUUGCCAUCAAGGCUGGUGAAGCAGAUGCCAUCACUGUGGACGGAGGGGACAUUUACACUGCUGGACUAAGCAACUAUGACCUGCAGCCCAUCAUUGCUGAAGACUACGGCUCCUCUUCAGAGACCUGCUACUAUGCUGUUGCUGUGGUGAAGAAGGGUAGUGGAUUUGGCAUCAGAGACCUCCAGGGGAAGAAAUCGUGCCACACUGGUUUGGGGAAAUCUGCAGGCUGGAACAUUCCCAUUGGCACUCUGGUGGCCAUGGACAUAAUUAAGUGGAAUGGCAUUGAAGAUAAACCUGUGGAGGAGGCGGUGAGCAGCUUCUUCCAGGCCAGCUGUGCCCCGGGUGCAGCCAGGGGUUCCAAGCUGUGCCAGCUGUGCAAAGGAGACUGCUCCAGGUCCCACACAGAGCCUUACUAUGACUACUCCGGAGCCUUCAAGUGUCUGGCAGAAGAUGCUGGGGACGUGGCUUUUGUGAAACAUCUCACUGUACCUGAUGCCCAAAAGCCAAACUACGAGCUCCUGUGCAAGGAUGGCUCCAGAGCACCUAUUGACAGCUACAAAACCUGCCACCUCGCCAAAGUGCCAGCUCAUGCUGUUAUCACUCGCAAGGACCAACAGCUGGCCAGCUUAAUCUGGAAGAGUCUUAACGAAGUCCAGAACUUCAACCUCUUUUCUUCCGAAGCCUAUGCCCCUGCCAAGGAUCUGAUGUUCAAGGAUUCGACCCAGAGGCUGGUGCAGGUGCCCCCACACACAGACUCCUUCCUGUAUCUGGGUGCUGAAUACAUGAGUAUCAUCCGUUCCAUUAAAAAAGAGCAGGCAGCAACCUCUUCUUCAGCUAUUAGAUGGUGUGCUGUGGGCCAUGCCGAGACUCAAAAGUGUGACUUGUGGAGCAUCAACAGCGUAACUGAUGACACCGCAUCCAUUGAGUGCAGGAAUGCCCCGACUGUCGAGGAGUGCCUUCAAAAGAUUAUGCGUAAAGAGGCUGAUGUAAUGUCAGUGGAUGGAGGACAGGUGUACACUGCUGGGAAAUGCGGUCUGGUUCCUGCCAUGGUGGAACAGUAUGAUGCUGAUAAGUGCACCUCUUCAGCAGAGGAAUCAUCUUCUUACUAUGCUGUCGCUGUGGUGAAGAAGGGCUCAGGAGUGACCUGGGCUAGCCUGAAAGGAAAGAAGUCUUGCCACACGGGCAUGGGUAGGACUGCUGGCUGGAAUGUCCCCAUGGGUCUCAUCUACAACGAAUCUAAUGACUGUGACUUCACUAAGUUCUUCAGCAGCGGCUGUGCCCCUGGAGCUGACGCCACCUCUCCAUUCUGCAGAGAGUGUAAAGGCAGCGGUAAAGCUGUGGGAGAUGAGGCCAAGUGCAAAGCCAGUGCCGAGGAACUUUACUACGGCUAUGCUGGAGCCUUUAGAUGCCUGGCUGAGGGCGCUGGUGAUGUUGCCUUCAUUAAACACACAAUCGUUCCAGAAAACACUGAUGGUACUGGUCCCGAUUGGGCUCAGAGUCUGAGAUCUGCUGACUUCGAGUUGAUCUGCCCUGGUCAGGGCCCAGUGCCCAUCAGCGAAUUCGGCUCUUGUCACUUGGCUAAAGUGCCUGCUCACGCCGUGGUGACUCGCCCAGAGACCCACGCUGACGUCGUCAGAAUUCUCCAGGUCCAGCAGACCAUGUUCGGUACCGGUGGCAGUGACUCCUCAUUCCAGAUGUACAAGUCACUGAAUGGAAAGAACCUCCUCUUCAAGGACUCCACCAAAUGUCUCCAGGAGGUUCCAGCAGGAAAAACCUAUGGGAGCUUUUUGGGAGAAGAGUACAUGAUUGCCAUGACCUCACUUAGACACUGCAGUGAAAGUACUUCAGAUCUGGAGAAGUCUUGCACUUUCCACUCCUGUCAGAGAGCCUAGAGGUGAGGUGGACCGUGCCCUGCUACAACUGGAUAUAAUCAUUUCAAAUGAUGAACCCAAAAUUCAUCCACUCUAGACUCAAACUGCAUUCUGUUUUGCUCAGUCUUUUUGCUGUAGUUUUGCUUUUAGAAGUAUAACACAGAGAAACCACAACUUUCAAAUCCACAGUCAAAUUGCCAUUCAUGACUGCACCUAGUUAUUUUAAUGUUACUAAAACAAAAUGUGACAAUUCCUGUGCUAUCAGCUCAUCUGUAUUUUGUUAACAAAUGCCUGACUUUUCACAAAUAAAGCAUUUUCAAUGCUC